AUGUCCGAGUCACUAUUUUCACUCCCAGAUGGAAGUCUCUCCGGUGAGAAUGCCCAUUCCUCUUCCGAUAGGAUUCUCGUCCCAGAUCGAAUUGAUGAAUACGGCACCACUGAAACCAUUCUCGAAGAAUGCGCUCAAACACUCAACGGCCUAAGAGAUGGUGUUAUAGCAUAUCAAUCCCAAGUAAUAUAUAAACAAAACUGCCUCAAAUUACUCCUCAAUGAUCCCAUCUUCGAGUCCAUGGCAUUAUGGCAAGACGAGCGUCAUCGCCAGACACUUCAAACACUGCAAAAAGUCGGGAAGAGUGCCGAUUCAAUCGUUGAGUUGAUGCUCAAGUACCAGGUCGAUAUCGUCCUCAGUAAUAUAAAUCUCCAUCUGAGUAUUCACAAAGGUAUUGCCCGUGAUGCUUCACAAAAACAUAAGCGACAAGUUGCGAGACUUCAAACUCAAAUUGUUGGUCUGAAAGCUAAUAUCGCCGACCGCGAGUUACGGAAUGAGGGUUUAUUAGAAACAAGAGCGAUCUUAAUCUACGCAUAG